AGUCCGCCUGGGCAGGCGCGGGGAGAGCCGGCAGCGGCACGUCGAAAACACCCCCCAAAACAAACCCCCCGCCGGUUCACGGCAGGCUCCCGGCCCCCCUCCUCCCGCACACCCCGGACCCCCGAGCGCCUCUAAAGCGGGAGCUUCCCUCCUCUGCUUUCUUAUGAACCCAGGAUGAGCAGCAAGGAAGACCCCAGCAAGUGCUGUCCGGCGGCUGCUCCCAUCUCCAGUUUCACCAUCCAGUCCAUACUGGGCAGCGGCAGCGCCGAGCCCCCCCGGGAGGCCGGCGGGAGGGCGGCCGCCUGGCCCGCCCGCGGCCGGACCCUCUCCCUCUCCUCGGAGGACGAGGAGCCGGAGGAGAGCUGGAAACACCGCGGCUGCUUCUGCCCGGAGGCGCACGGCCCCGCCGAGGCGUGCCACAAACACCAGCCCCUCAGCUUCACCUGUCUCGGCAGCGCCAAGGGGAGCGGAGCGGCGGCGGCGGCGGGCGGCGGGGAGCGGGGGCCCUUCCUCUCGCCCCCCCAGCAGGACUGUAAGGAGGAGAAGGAGAAACCUCUGGGACCCUCCUCGCCCUCCUCCGGGGACCGGCAGCGCGACGGCGGGGACCGGCAGGCCGGAGCGGCCAAGAAGAAGACGCGCACGGUGUUCAGCCGCAGUCAGGUCUAUCAGCUGGAGUCCACCUUCGACAUGAAGCGCUACCUGAGCAGCUCGGAGCGGGCCUGCCUGGCCUCCAGCCUGCAGCUCACCGAGACCCAGGUGAAGACCUGGUUCCAGAACCGCAGGAACAAGUGGAAACGGCAGCUCUCGGCCGAGCUGGAGGCGGCCAACAUGGCCCACGCCUCGGCGCAGACUCUGGUGGGGAUGCCGCUGGUGUUCAGAGACAAUUCCCUCCUCCGAGUGCCGGUGCCCCGGUCCAUCGCCUUCCCCGCCCCUCUCUACUAUCCCGGCAGCAACCUCUCGGCCUUACCGCUCUACAACCUCUACAACAAGAUCGACUACUGAGCCGCCGCCCUCCCUGGGCAUCCCCGCGGCCGCCCCGUCGGGGCUGGGACCGGGGCCGGGGGUCCCUGCGGGGCCUUGGCCGCCGCCGCGGUGGGGACAGAGGAACGAAACUGAUGGGAGGGACGAGCAAACGGAGAACCCGGGGCGCCGGGGGCACCCCCGUCCUUCUCUCCCCCAACUCCCGCUAUCCUGCCACUUGAAAAAAAAUUAAUUAAAAAAGCGUUAUUUCAGAUCUGUAAAUAUUUUUAAAGAAAGAAAGAAAAAAAAAACAACCCACAAAAUAAAACGUUUUAAGCCUCGUUUGUAAAUUUGCCAGCUCGAUCGCGUGUUGCCACCGGGCGGAAGGCCCUGCCCGGAGGGGUAACCCGGGGCCGGGGGGAGCCCCGCAGCCGGGCCGGGCUCGGCCGGGACCCGCCGCUGCGGGAAGGACCGGCGGCGCCUCGGACCGAUGCAGGGGAGAGGGAAAACGACGUGUAACGCCGAGGGUUUAUUUAUUUUUCCAAGCCUCCUUCUCGUCAUCUCGUUUCCCGCCGGUAAUCCCGGGCGGACCUGCCCGUACCCGCCCGUGGGGCGGCGGGAUGGCGGGGGCUCGGUCCCCCGCGCGGGGCUGGAAGAUUAAUGGCUUCUCUCAAACCCUCAGGAGCAAUUUCGGAACCGGGGACCGUUUUUCUGGUUCAUUUUGGUUUUCGUGGUCACCGAGCCUCGGUGGCCGGUAGCGGGUUGGCAAGAUCUCGGUGACCGACCCCGGCGCUCGGCGGCUCCUCUCCCCGCCCCUGGGCACCCACGGCCGCCUCCCCACGGAGGACGGAGUCAAUCCUUCACGCACCAAAGUA